AUGUAUUUCUACUUAGCUGCAAUUAUUGCAUUUAUUAGCUACGCUUUUUACAAGUGUUAUAUUUAUCCCUUAUAUUUGUCUCCUUUACGUAAAAUUCCUGGCCCACCUGUUGACAAUAUUAUUCUUGGACACCAUGCUUCUUUUUUAAAUAAAGAACUAGGUGAAGCUUUUACUUACUUAUUAAAACAAUAUGGUGGGAUAGUUAAGUAUCACGGCUUAUUUAAUGAACCAAACAUAUUAAUUUCCGAUCCAAAACUUGUCCAACAAGUACUUGUAAAUCGUCCAUAUGAAUAUCCAAAGCUCUUUUUAAUCCCAAGCAUGGCAAAGGAAUUUUUUGGUGGUGAUGGUAUUUUACUUGCAGAGGGAGAUACUCAUAAACGACAAAGAAAAAUGAUGAGUCCUUCAUUUGCUUUUACAAAUGUUAAGGAAAUGGUUCCAACAUUCGUUCAAGCUGGCCAUAAAUUAAAAAAUAUCUGGAUGAAACAAAUUGGUAACAAGAAAGAGGAAAGAAUUACGAUUACAGUAUUAAUUCCAAAGAUAACCUUAGAUGUUAUUGGUCACGUUGGGUUUAAUUACGAAUUCAAUUCUACAACUUCAGGCUCUGAAUUAGCUCGAGCAUACCAAACAAUUGUUGACCAAAAUUGUUCGCUUUUAUACAUGGCACUUGCUAGUUACUUACCAUUUAUAAGAAAAUUACCAACUGAUCAUAAUAACAAAUAUUUUGACUCUGUUAAAGUUAUCAAUAAUGUUUCCGAAAAACUGAUUGCCGAACAAAAAAAUAGUCCAGUUCGAGGAAAAGAUUUAUUGUCAUUGUUAAUAAAGUCAAAUGAAAACUUGCCAGUUAUGACAUUACUCCUAGCUGGACAUGAGACCACUAGUGGUGCACUAUCUUGGGUACUAUAUUUUCUUGCAAAAAAUCCUGAUGUUCAGGAGCGUCUUCGUAAAGAAGUGCUUGACAUAUUACCCGAUCGUAAUCGUCAUCCAACUAUUGAUGAGAUUGAACAUUUGAAAUAUUUAGAAUUGCCUGCGAUCCGUCGUUGUACUUCUAAAGAUGAAAUCAUGAACGGUUACUUGAUUCCAAAGAAUACCCCGUUGUGGAUUCCUAUCUACGCAAUCCAUCAUGAUCCUUUAAUUUGGGGUGAUGACGCUGACUAUUUUAACCCAUCUCGAUGGCUUGAUCCAGAAGUAAAAUCAAGAGUAACAAGUAGUAAUUUCUUACCUUUUAGCGCUGGUCCAAAAAAUUGUUUAGGGAUGAAGAUGGCACAAUUGGAAUUUAAAUCUAUUUUAUCGGUUCUUAUUAGAAAUUUUGAGUUUAAAUUAGUUGAAGGCUUUACCUUUAAAAAGCUCCUUACUGGUAUAUCUAAACCUGUUCCUGGACUUGAUUUAUGGGUUUCAAAACUGGAUUAUUAA